CGCGUCACACGCGCACACAACGACGCGCGAGCAACGGAGUACCCGGGUUAGGUUAGGGUCAGGUUACGCUCGCUCGGAGGCACUUUCGCGUGACCAACGGCACACGACGGCGUGCGAUGUGUCAAAUUGACACGCGUUUGCUAACAUGCACCUUCGCAUUCGUUUAACGGCGCACUGAUUCACGCGUCCCGGCCGACCAUGGAUUACACCUACGAUAGCGUGGUUCUGCGCGACACUCCUUCCGCAGAAACAUGCAUUCCAUAUCCCCGAUACAACAAAACAAUAAUCACGGAUGUGUACGCAGGAAUACCCGAGAACUUGUUGCUAAAUGUAAUAGGAUUCCUGCUCCUGGUUACUCUAUUCGGCCUGUUGCGUAAAAAAGCGUGGAACUAUGGACGCCUGGCGCUGCUACAAAAGUCCGACAACAGGUGGAUGGAGCUGUUCUACGGUGUUAAUGAAAACAGAGACACCGAUCCGUUGUGCGUCGAGGCCUCCGUCAAUUCUCAGCUCUCCCAAUUGGAUCGAGGGUUUCUCUCGUGGAUCGCCACCGCUUUUAAGAUCACCGACGAUGAGUUACUACAACGCGCAGGGCCCGAUGGACUAUUGUACAUCAUGUUCGGGCGUUGUCUGAUCAUACUGACCAUCAUGAUGCUCGUUGUAUCGCUGUGCGUGGCUCUGCCGAUAAAUUUUCACGGCAGCAUGCAACCAGGAGACAGCGCGACGUUUAGCCACACGACACUGUCCAACCUGGAGCCCACGUCAUUCGGGCUUUGGGUGUACACGGUGUUGCUCUUGGCUUAUCUGCCGGUCGGCGGAUUUGUCAUGAGACGUCGCUUGAAGCAGGUGCGGGAUACUAGGCCUACUGGAGAAUUUGUAGCGAGAACGUUAUUGAUUACGGAUAUACCGAAGCAACAGUGCACUGUCGAGAAUCUUACCGAAUAUUUCAAGGAGGCAUUUCCUGCUUUAACAGUGGAGGACAUUACGUUGGCUCAUGAUAUAAAACGUCUUUCAAAGCUGGAUGCAGAAAGGGAUUGUGCGGAACAGGCGCGUUUAUAUUGCGAAAGUUAUGCCAAGAAGAGGGAAUCUUUAAAAAUGUAUCCUUACCCGUGCGGUCAAAUUCUUGGGCAUUGCUGCAACAAGCAAGUGGAUGCUCAAGAAUUCUACACCAACGAGGAGAUACGACUAACGGCGCUAGUUGAAGAGGAGAAGAAUGUGGCGCUUAGUAAACCUCUUGGAGUUGCCUUUGUAACUUUAGGGACACCCGGUGCAGCUAAAACUAUGCGCAAGCAGCUGAGGUCGUCGCCGAAUGUAAAGUGGAUCGUGGAUUAUGCGCCGAUGCCAUCGGAUAUAUUUUGGGAAAAUCUAAGCAUCCCCACGCCGUGUUGGUAUCUGAAUGCUGUAUUAAUAAAUUUCGCUUUGGGACUUUUCUUGUUUUUCCUUACUACACCAGCUGUCAUAGUGACAACUGUCAACAAAUUACCAAUUGCUGGCGAGAUUAAGGAAUUUAGUGUAGUAGUUUCAUCUUUUCUGCCUACCGUAUUGUUAGUCAGUGUGUCUGCUCUGAUGCCCGCACUAGUCACGAGGAGCGAAUUGCUCGUCAGGCAUUGGACGCAAAGCAGCUUAAAUCGUGUUGUUAUGAGAAAAACGUUACUUCUGUUGCUACUGAUGGUGCUCAUAUUACCUAGUUUAGGAUUAACCAGUGCCGCAGCGUUUCUAGAUUGGACUGUAAAUGACCGAAAUAAUACGGCACAGUGGGAAUGCGUAUUUUUGCCAGAUCAGGGUGCCCUUUUUGUAAAUUACGUCAUAACUGCGGCCUUGUUCGGGAGUGGAUUAGAAUUGGUCAGAUUCCCGGAACUCGCGCUGUACACCUUCAGACUUUGCAUCGCUCGCAGUCGAGCGGAAAGGAUACACGUUAGGAAAGCGGUGCUGUGGGAGUUUCCACUGGGAGCCCAUUACGCAUGGUUGCUGCUAGUCUUUACUAUGACAACCGUCUACAGUUUGGCGUGUCCUUUAAUAACUCCUUUUGGACUACUAUAUCUUGUAGUCAAACAUUUGGUGGACAGGCAUAAUUUAUGCUUCGCUUACGGACCGAGUAUCGGUGGUGGCCAAUUGGCUGGAGCGGCAGUUGGUGCAGCAGGGGCAGCGCCAGUUUUAGCGCAAGCUGCUCUUUUAGCCUUAGGUCUGGUAAGAGAUGGUCUGUCUCCAUUAGCCGCGGUACAACUCACUGGUCUCUGUGCGAGUAUUCUGGGCCUGGUAACCGGUGUUACAUUACCAUUAUCAAAACCCAAGACUCCAGUACCAAAAAGGGACCUCUCAACUGGUCAAAAUUUCGUAGCACCAGUAUUGCGAAAGACUCAGAUAUCCAUAGAGGAAACCAUAUCGACUGCUUCGAAUUCAGAAAUUAAUUUACCGAGUCCGACAAAUACUACUUCCUCUAUACAAGAAAGUCCAAAGCUUUACCAAAAUUAUGGCGGUGAACAGAGGGUUUAAAAUCUGUAUUAUACUCGAUAUAUAUGUAAGAAUGCUUCGUAACUUGUUUAAAGUUACCUGUUUAGUAGUGUAUUCUAAUUAUUAAGAAGCUAAUGCAAUUUAGGGAAACCGCAGCACAAAUAAUGUACAUUUUUUAAAUACUCCUUGCGUUACGUUAAAUUGGCGUAGGUAUAAUUUAAAAGAGCAAUUGCAAAAUACUACUUUAACAUCACUCUGUCUACUUACAUUUAUAAUUGUAUUUAUAAAUACUUGAUUACCACAUAAUAAUUUGUGAUAAGUAUAAAAAUGAUGAUUGUAUUUAAUAUAAUUAAUUUAACAUAAAUUUCGUUUACUUCCUUAUUUUAUAAUAGUUAGGUAUUAAGAAUUAUAUGGAGCCCUACGAAGGAUUAAUUGAUACUUAAAGAAAAUAUCAUUUACAAAGAUCUAUCUUGUCAUUUCAAAUCUGGCAGUACAAAAACAGAAAAUGUCUUAAGUACACUUAAUACAUUUUAAUAUUAUAACUGUAUUAUAUUAACGCAUUAAUAUAAUAGUGCUAUAUAACUUAAAAAAACUUACAACUAUACACGUUUUACAUGGAAAUAGUUUUUAAUUAAUAAAAGGUACAAUUUUGAUUUUCUUACUACAAAUAAUGUAAUUAUUCUAUGGAAAUUUAAAGUAAUCUUUAUAAUAUGUAUAUAUCAAUCUUAUAUUUAUCAUGAAAUUGAUACAGCAAUAAUUACACAGUUUUUAAUGAUUUGAUAGAUCAGCUAUUGUUAAUAGUAAUGCAAUGAUAGAAACACAGAAAAUACAGUUAAGCGGGAUAUUUUAUUUCUAUUCUGAGAAUUAUAUGAGAGGGUGCACCUUAUAAUAUUUUCUGUACUUUUUAUCCUGUUUAUAUAUAGGCAAUUGAUAUAGUAUACAUAAUAAAUUUUUGGCAAAUAUAUAUAUGUAUACACACAUAUGUAUAUAAUAUUAGAAAUUUAUAUUUCAACAUGAACUUUGGCCCAAUUAAUGUGUACUCUUUGUGUGUCUUUUUAAAAGUUUUUUCAAAAUUUUUCCAAGAUAAAUAGUUAGAGACAUACAUACAUAUAUAUAUAAUUUCUUAAACACGUAUUAUAAAUUUUUACGAUUGUGAUUCGAUUAUUCUAUUUUGUUUGUUAUCUGUUUUUCACACAAGAAAUUAGAAUACACAACUCAUUUUAUAUGUUAUUUUAACGAUCCAGUUGCAUUUUGUUAUAGAGUGUAUAUUUAAACACAAGUGUCAUGAAGUAAACCUUUAAAUAUAAAAUAAAAGCUAUUUCUUUUCUCUUAU